CGGUGGAGAGUGCAGCUGAAGAAGUCCGAAUAUUAUUGCACUUUGGUGUAUGUAAUUAAAUUGCUUUCAAAUAGCUCUAGCUAUUUCUUAACACGCAGAGUUACCACAACUCUUACUACUUCACCUGUGCGUAUUAUGUAGACACCUCGGGUAUGAAGCGAGCUAGUUUUAAACGCUAGCAUGCUGGCUAGCUUGCUAGCAUGUUAGCUAUAGCUGCCUAGCCAUCUACAACAUUCAUGUUUGCACCUUCUUCUCCUCCAGUGAGCUAGGUAUGUCGAUAUGGCACAUAGGAAAGAAGUAUUUCAGUCAAAAGUAUUCCAGAGGCUUUACCCUGCAGGUCCCAAAUUGGAGAAGGAAGCCAGCCCACCACGCAUGGUAGAGGCUGUAGCCAAGAAAACCUUUGUGAAAAGAAAAGCCUCUCAAGAGUACACUGUUGCUGGAAAUGCAGGGCAGAUGCAGAGUACAGCCAAUCCCUGCAGGCGGAUGUACACAGUCCUACCUCCUCCCGCAGACUACAAGACACAUGCUGAGAAAUCUGUCACACUCCCCCAACUAGACAGCAUAAAUAGUGCCAAGGACCCAGCUGAAGAGAGCGUCCAUGAGAGCAAUGAAGAGCUAGACCAAGAUGAAGUGCAAGAAGAGCAGAAAAGAAAAAGGAGAACAAGGAAAAGGAAAAAAACUCCUCAUCAGGAAUCUGGGCAAGGUGAUGCAGCUGCAGGGAGUGAGUCCAGCACAGGUCAGAGUCAGACGGCCGGGCAUGAGGGAGGAGAGCACAUCAGCAGGAACAAGAAGAGGAAGCUGAAGAAGAAACGACACAAAGAGAAGCUGCUCUCCAUGGGCGCCGUGCCCCGAGCUGCUGCCCUGGAGUUCACGUACCAAAAGGAUGGGGAAGAUGAGGAAGCGGAAGAGGAGGAUGAUGAGAGGAGAGCUGCUGAAGUGUCAGACUUUCUCAGGACAACACUGGAAAUCUAUAUGUCAGAUUCCUCUCCGCGCGUAGACAACCCUCCUCUCCUGUCUGGCACAGUGGAUGACCUUCUGAGCCACGUAUCCAGUGGAUGUAAGCCUAACUCUGUCCUGAAGCAGCUCUACAGUCUCAAGGCCUAUGUUCAACGGAAAGAGACAGAGAAACUGGAAAAGGCACUGAAAGAGCUCUAUAACAGCUCCUGUAUGUCUGCAGGGGAAGCCGCUGCAGUUGUUUCACUGUUCCAAUACUGGAUCACAGACAUUCUUCCCAUGCAGAGAGACGAGAACACAGGGCUCUCUACAACACACCCAAGAGACUGUCAGUCACGCUGAGAUAGAGAGACUACUGAAGGAUUAUUUCUACCACUGGAUAUUGAAAUUUUCUUCCUAUAUUUUGCAUUGCAAAAUGUUGGACUUAACAUG